AUGAUCAUAUCGUAUCUGGCACGUAUUGUACUGCUACUGCCAGAUCUUUCCGCAUCCGACAAUGAUCGUCUGGCCAAUAUUGCACGGACGUCACACGCUCGGUUAGGACAUGUGGGUGAACUUGGUCCUGACCCACAUUUCAACUACACAGCUGCUCAGAGGGCCCAUGAACCUCGAACUGUCGACAUCGGAACAUCUAACUUUGACCUACCUGAUGAUGGCGCUGAAUCUGCACGAUCAUUCGGUAACCGAUUACGGAGCUCCCAUAAACCCAGGGCUGAGGACGAGUGCGUUCCAAUUAAUGACACGCUACGAAAACAUCUUCUGCAGAAACAAGGAACAACGCUGUUUACGAAGCACAGCGCUGGCACUUCAUUUGCUUAUGUCCUUCUGCACAUUUUGGUCCUUGUUACUCUUCCUUUUACAUUUCUCUUGGUCCUAUCAUUGAAUAAUAGCCGGAUUGCUAGAAGAAAUAAAUGA